AUAUAGUAUUAGUAUGUCCAUGUGCGUCCCACCGCAGACCAAAAGUGGGUGCGAGUGGAGCUGCUGUGAGUGAUGUGCGCCCGCGGAGCCGAGUGCGAGCGGGGCCGAUUCGAGCCCAGCUGGUGCGAGCGGAGGCAGGUCAGUUCUGCCCGCGCGCGCGAGGGGCAGAGGCUCCGCUGGCAAGGAUGGCCGCGGCCGGGGGUGGCGCAGGGGGGGACGGCAAGGGGGACCCGUCCAGGCCGCCCACUUUGGCGGGAGGAGCCGCAAGCUGUGAGAUGCUCGUCGCAGGGCAAUGCAGAGGCGGGCAGCAGCUGCGAGUGCUGACGGGAGCGGUGCUCUCCCCGCUGGCAGCUUCCAUCAUGUCCACCUUCGGCGGCGCCUACAGACGCUGCCCGUGGUGUGGCUGCGAGCAGUGAGGCUUGGACCACGCGGUGUGGGUCUGCGGCGGAGUCGAGGGGCGGCCGUUCCCCCGUCCGGCGGACCCGCUCCAGCGGCGGCUCUUUUCGGCCGGAGGGCCGGAAGCAACGGCAUGUCACCGACGCCCUCAUCCUCCAGUGGGGGGGUCGAGGUCGACAGGCGCAUCAGGAGCUGGAGAUACAAUGCAGACGGCGCCCUCGCGCAGGUCGGAGCCACACUCGGGCACGAGGAGGAGGAGGCCAGCCAGCCUGGGCGCCACCUCCGCCCUCAGCAGCACCCGCCUGCCUGGGCGGCUUCCCGUGUGUGGUGAGCCAGACGGCCCCGGGUGGCAUCCUCCACCUUUCCUGCAGAGACGGGGGAAGGACAGGGAAAAGAGUGUCCCAUGUCAGUGGCCAAGCAGAGGGUUGGAGAA